GCCUUUGGUGAUCCACACAUUAAAACACUAGAUGGUGUCACAUACACAAUGAAUGGAUGGGGUGAAUAUACCCUAAUGGAAGUCAAGUCAGAAAACUUUACAUUACAGGCCAGAACACACAGAGCUGAGAAUGUCAAAGGUCAAGAGGUCAAUGGCACAGUUUUUUCUGCUUUAGCUGCUAAAGAAUGGGAUAAUGCAAGUCUACAAGUUGAACUAGCAUCAACAAACACAUCAAUGAUUAUCUACAUCAAUGAAAUUGACUUCACAAAUGAUUUUUAUAACAAUCCAGAGUUCAGUGUAAACUUAGAAACAAUCAGCGCUGUACAAGAAUGUAUCUCUAACAAGACACUUCUGAUUGUAACAUUUCCUUGUGGGGUUACAGUAAAAGUUGCGGUUUCUUUAAAAAGUUUGGAAGUAGAGUUGGAUGUUGACCAAUACAUAAGAAACAAAACUGCUGGACUUUUUGGAAACUUUAAUGGCGAUAUAACAGAUGAGUUUGUUCUUCCUAAUGGAACUAUGCUCCCAGCAAACAUUACAGAACAGCAGAUUUUUUAUCAGUUUGCCAAGUAUUGGGAGGUAACAAUAGAGAACUCAAUAUUUACUUACAAAAACUAUGAGAGUGCUGUGGACUACCAACACCCAGAGUUUGUGCCCCUGUUCUUGGAUGAUGUAGAUACUGUAGUAAAAAUUAAUGCAAGCAGGAUCUGUGGAGACAAUACAUUUUGCUCGUAUGAUUUCAUUGCUUUACAAGAUCCAACUUUUGCCUUAAAUACAAAAUCAACUUCCCUAGCACAAGACUCAAGAAGGCAGGAUUUAGAAAAUAGUUCUCCAACAAUCAAUGUCAACAACAGAAACCAGACUUGGAAUGGAUUUUUAAUGAUUACAUCUGGACAAGAAGCUUCUCUUUCUGUCUUAACUGGAGAUACUAAUGGAGAUGGUGUUACUAUAGAAACUGUUGGCAACAUUUCUGGAGUCAGAAUAGAGAAAAACACUAUUAUUGUAUAUAACAAUAUUUUAAACCUCUCAAAACUUGGUUUUAGGGCAAGGGAUUCCCAUGGUGCGUACAGCUCCAUUAUGUACAUCACCAUAGCAACGUGCUCAGGCUGCAGUGGCCACGGUGUAUGUGACCCAGAAAACAUGAAACACCAGCAGACUUCUGAUUUUGACUUUGAGAAAAUGGCUUGCACAUGUUAUCCAGCCUACACAGGUCCCAACUGUGAGAAUGAGCUGGAUGCUUGUGACAUCAAACCCUGCUCACCAGGACAAAACUGCACAGAUCUAACAGCAGCUCAACAGGGACAGAACAACACAGGGUUUAUCUGUGGGCCUUGUCCUCCUGGUUUUAGAGACUUCCACGGGAAAUGUGUUGAUGUUGAUGAAUGUGAAUCUGUACCUGUUGUCUGUGAGCAAGUGUGUACAAACACAGAAGGAUCUUAUUUGUGUAGCUGUAGGGAUGGUUAUAGACAGGGAAAUGGUAGUACCCUUUGUAAAGAUAUUGAUGAGUGUGUAGAACACACUUCUUCCUGUAGCCAACUGUGUAUCAAUAAGGAUGGUAAUUAUUCAUGUGGGUGUUUGGAUGGUUACACUUUACAAGAAGAUCAGUUUUCAUGUUUUCUGGAGCCAGACCUCAUGGAUUUGUGUAAGGAAUGUCAACAACUUUGUAAUGUGGAUAACACUAACUUUGAAGUUCACUGUGGAUGUAACAUUGGAUAUUUUAUGGAUUCUAGUGAUGGUUUUAGCUGCAAAGAUAUAAAUGAAUGUGCAGAAGGAAACAUCAGCUGUACACAAGAGUGUGCUAAUACAGAAGGAAGCUUCAUCUGUUCUUGUAGACAAGGCUACCAGCUAGCAUCAGAUGGGAUCUCAUGUUCUCCUUGUGAGAUACCAGCCUAUGGCAUGAACUGUUCUGGCACCUGUGACUGCAAAGGUCAAGGGUCAUGUGAUCCUGUUGAAGGUUGCGUGUGUGAUAAGAACUGGUCAGGCGAGAGCUGUGAUGUAGAUGUGAAUGAAUGUGACCAGGAGAAUGUCUGUCCCAUUGGCCAGUUGUGUCGGAACACUCUCGGCUCCUUUGAUUGUCAGUGUCCUAGUGGGUAUGAGAAAAAGGGAGAUGACUGUCUAGAUAUAAAUGAGUGUAAAAGAUUCUUUACAAAUAUAACCUGUGACCUUCAGGUUGAAUAUUGCUAUAACACACCUGGUAGCUAUAUUUGCAGGUGUCGUCCUGGUUUUAGCCACAAUAAUGUUUCUGUUUGUGAAGAUAUUGAUGAGUGUAAACUUCGAAAUGAUGGCUGCUCUCAGAUUUGCAAAAACGUUAAAGGAAAAUACAAUUGUGAAUGUUUUGAUGGCUAUAUUUUGGCUGCAAAUAGGCAUGACUGUGUACUCUUUAGUGACGUUUGCACUAGUUCCAAGUUUAACUGUACCAGUAUCUGCAGUACUACAGAUGUAGCUAUUCCUAAUUGUGUUUGCCCCAGAGGUUACCAGAAGGUAGACUUUAAUGGAACAGAGUAUUGCAAGGAUAUAGAUGAAUGCGCAGAUGAAGAAAUGAACCUCUGCAGUGUCUUAGACAGAUGUGUUAAUGUGGAUGGAAAUUUUAACUGCAGCUGUCCACCUGGAUAUUCUUUAGAUAAUGAUGGAAGGAGCUGCAUAGAGUGCACUGGCAAAACUUGGGGUCCCCAAUGUUCUAAUAAUUGUGAAUGUAAGGCUGGAGCUGAUCACUGCGACACUGUGACUGGAUGUGUGUGUAAGCCAGGCUACACUGGUAAGAGAUGUGAAACUGACAUAGAUGAAUGCUCAGCUGGUUUCAUUACAUGUAGGGAGAGAGAAUUGUGUGUGAAUACUCAAGGCAGUGCUAACUGCAGGUGUAACAAUGUAACAGAAAAUAGAAUUUGUGUUGCCAGUAGAGCUUGUGUAAACAGAUCAAUGAACUGCAGUUUUAGCUGUGCAAGGAUUGGGGAUGUUGAUUCCUGCAUAUGCCCAGCUGGCCAAAAUGUAGCAUCUGAUUCAGUUACUUGUGUUGAAUGUGAAGAUGGAACAUAUGGUGUGAACUGUGGGAUGCAAUGUUCUUGUAAUAGAACCAACACAGAAAAAUGUGAUGUCAUCACAGGUCUUUGCUUGUGUAAACCUGACUGGAGUGGGGAGAAAUGUCACAUUUACAGUGUAGAUAGAAAUAAUAAAGCGUGUGAAAUAAAACAGAAAAUUGCACCAUGUACCGAACCAGAGAUUUGUGAAGAAAUUAAAGGCAUUGCUGUUUGCAGGGCUCCAAGUCAAGAACAGCAUGUGAUGACACUUAUAAUCGCCUUGUGUCUCAGCAUACCGACGUUUGUUCUUAUUGUUGUAGCCAUUGGAGUGUUAGUUUGGUGUUGGGCUAAACAAAAACAUAAAGUACAAGAUAGUAAACAGAUGACAGAACUACGUACUUAUGAUCAUUUGGGUCCAUCUAUCCAAGAACCUGAGUACUCAGAAGGAGAAACUCAAGUCAUGGAAAUUUAUGAUGAAAUCGAUGAUUUGUCUGUUGGUUUUGGUAACGAUGAAACUUCAGAUAAUUACCGCAAUAUUGAAUAUUCUGAAUAUACUGACCCAGAUGGUCAAGAGCAUGAUCAGCAGGAAUCUGACUCAGAUUGAUAUUUUAAUCCACAAAGAUGUCUUCGAGUAAAAUCAGUAAAAACUUUAAUUAUUUAGCCUACCCAUUUUAUGUUUGUUUAAAAUUGAAUGGAAUAAAAAUAGAAAUAAAUGGCU